AUGGCGGACGACCAAGCCUCGGUGGACAGCCACGAAGAGAGCUUCGCGCAGAUUGCGCCGCCCGUCGCGCGCGCGCAGGUCUCGCAGUCCAACUCUGUCGUCAACGGGCGGCGCGGCGGGGGCUGGGGCGCGGGGGGGCGGGGAGUUGAGUUCCGCGGGCAGGUGCAGACGCGCUCGGCGCGCAGUGGGCGCGGACGCGGAAGCGCGGGCGGACAGGGCGGAGUUGCGCUCAGCGGCGUCGGCGCGGUGGGCGAAGGCGGCGCAGGGCCUGGCGGAGGGGGAGUAUGGGGGGUUGCCGGGGAGGGGGACGGUAGCCGCGCGGGGUACUGGGCGGGGGCGCCUGGGGAGGGCGUAGCGGGAGCUGGGGAGAGAGGCGCGGGGGCGUUUUCCGCUAUGGGUAUCCCCAUGCCUUCUGCGUCCGUGCAGAGCCAGGGUUCGUCUCUAGGCAGCGGGCAUGACGCGGGGGGAGGCGCGAGCGCCGGUGCGCACAAGAGGCAGCGGGGGAGGCGAUCCGCGCAUGCGCCCGCGAUGGCGGAGGUGCACAUGGCGGCGGAUCCGGGCGGGCGAUUCGGGGAUUCUGACGAGGUAUCGAUUGGGAGCAUGAACGCGUGUAGCAGCGGCGCCAGAAGCGGGGGAGGCGGAGGCGCUAGAAGCGGGGGGGGCAGCGCGGGGGGAGCAGUGGGCGGAAGAGAAGGCGCGGGAGGAGUUGGGGGAAGGGAUGAAGAGGAGAUGGGGGGCGCAGCUGCGUCAGGGGCGGGGCGAGGGGGGCGUGGGGGGGGAAGUGGGCGGGGGAGGCGAGGGGGAGGGGGGAGCAGGCAGGCGCAGGGGUCACAGACAGGGGGAAGGGGGCAGGAGGAUCGCGAGAUAGAUGCGUUGGGACGUUGCAUGACCAAGAUCCUGCGGCAUCAGGCGAGCCAGCUGGGGUUACACGUGGCGCCAGAUGGCUUCGUGCGAGUGGCGGAUCUGCUGCUGCUGCCCGUCAACACCAACGCCCGCCGCCCCCUCGCCUCCCACACGCUUGAGGACGUGCGCCUGGCUGUAGCGCGCGACAACAAGCAGCGCUUCACACUGAGGGAGGGGCCGGGCGGCGAGGUGUACGUGCGGGCGAACCAGGGCCAUUCAUUGCACGUGGACGAGGAGCAGCUGCUGCAGAGGAUCACCGACCCUGCCGCCCUGCCAGACUGUGUACACGGCACGUAUGAGCGCCACUUAACAUCCAUACUGGCGACGGGUCUGAGUCGCAUGAACCGCCAGCACGUGCAUCUCACCAAGGGGGUGCCCUCUCAGCACCACUCUGUCGUCAGCGGCUUUCGUUCAAACGCAGAGGUGCUAGUGGUGGUGGAUAUGGCUCGCGCCAUGGCAGACCCGAAUUUAGGAGGGUUUGCUGCAUUUGGAGCGAAUGUUUCAGAGGAAGGGUUUACCCCCGUGCCUCCUGCUGCGUCGGCGGCUGUGUGUGUGGGGGAGGCGAGUGUGAGGAGUGAUGUGGGGGGCAUGGGGGAUGAGGGGGUGGGUGGGACAGCGGAGUCGGGGAGAGGGGAGGUGGGCGGGUCGAACGAGGAUGAGGAGAUGGUUCAGCCAACCAAGCUCGCACAACUGGAGCGAAGUUCUCAUCAGAUCAAGGCUCCACUGGCAACGCUAGUGAAUCUCUCCGCGGGUCUUUCUGCGCCACGUGUCGUUUCCGUAACUGCCCUGAACAGCAGCGCACGUGUGGCGGCAGUGGCCCGCUCUUAUGACGUGAAAGGCGGCGGUGACAGUCAGGAGGAUAGCAGCAGCAACGGCAGCAGACGCAGCAGGAGAAAAAGCAGGAGUAGCAGAGCUAGCAGGAGAGGAACAUCUGCCGACGGGGGUCGGGGAAACGCCAUGGCGGUCGGGGAAGUGACCGUUGGUUUGUCGGGAAAGCUGCCUGCUUACGGGCUCGGGAACGGAGUGGACUACGGGUUGGAGCACGACACGUGGCAGUGGGGCCCGGUAAGACCGCAACAGCAGCUGCAGCACUAUCAGCAGCAGCCGGCGUCGCCGCCGCAGCCUCCGCCACUCCAGCUGGGAGGUCUAGAUCCCGAGGGUUGGCAGCCGUGGGGGGUUGAUCGUCAGCAGCAGCAAUCGGUCGUCCAGCAGUCGCCAUCGCUGUCGCAGGCGUCGCAGCCGGCGUACGGCGUUUGGUCGUCGCGAAGCAUGUACCCGCCUUCUCCAUCGAACGCGCACCAUCAGCAGCAUCAGCAGCAGCGCCAGUUUCCGUUGUCAAUGCGGCAGAAUUACCAGCCCCAUCCCGAGCCUCCUGCGUCGCCGUCUCUGUCCCCUUCGCUCGGCCCUUCCCUGUCGCACAUACGAUCGCCAUCCCUGUCGCCAUCGCUAUCGCCUGCGCUUUCGUCGCGUUCGACGCCGCCGCCGUUCUAUCGCACGCGUCUGUCAGAGGCAGCUCCGACAACACGUCAGCAGCAGCCCGACCUGAUGUGGCAUGACGUCAUGGCGGAGCUGGUGCGCCGCGGGCAGCUGACGACAGCCGUUGAUGUGUUGGAACAGGCCGUUGCUGACGGGACACUGUUCGAGGCGCUCUCACCGCUCUCUCUAUCUGAACGACCGACCUCCACGGCCACGUCAGCAGAUCCUCCCACCACGGCGGCUGUGCGCAGUCUGUUCGCGGCGCUUCAGAAGGCGGGCGGCCCGGCAGAGCAGGACAACUGGCAGCGCGAGGGGCGGCACCUGUUGGGGCUCGCCACGCGCGCGUUGGACGCAGUCGCGGCUGCCGGUUGGAGGGAUCCUCUGCCGUUCACGUGUCUGAUCACCAUGCUCCAGCGCGCGUGCCGCUCGCACGAGCUGCUCUCAUUGGUGGAGCGCAUGCGCGCGCUUGACGUGCCCUUGGACGCGUACACGCUCACCACCGCACUCGGCGCCGCCAUGCGCGUUGCUGACGUAGUCGCCGCUGAGGCCAUCUGGGCCGAAAUGACCGCCGCGAGUCACGCUGGUGGUGCUGCUGCAAGUGUAGCAGCCGCCGCCGCCCCCUCUGCUGUCGCGUUCACGAUGAUGAUGUCACUGUACGGCCGCGCCGGCCGCCUUGACGAUGCGCUGCGGAUGUUCCGCGAAAUGAAGGCAGCGGGAGUCGCUCCGGACGGCAAGGCCUACUCCACCUUAAUUGGCUCGCUCGCUCGCGCGUUAAGAGCUGAUGACGUGGAGGAACUAGUCCGCGAGAUGACGAAGGGGACGUCCGCCUCUCCCGCCACCAGCGGCGCCGCGGGAUCCGGCGCGUCUCCCUCGCAGCGCGUGCCCCCUUCGGUAUACACGAGCUUAGUCAGCAUGUAUGGGCGGCUGGGCCGGUUGGAUGACAUGGCGCGCGUGCUGCGCGACAUGCGCGUGCGGAAGGCGCAGGCGGAGCAGAGCCUGUUCGUGGAGGCGGUGAAGGGGUGCACUGUGGCGCAGCGCAAGGCAACCGCCGCCGCCGUUGCUGCGCAACAGAGCGCGGGAGGCGCGAGCGGCGGAAAGCAGCAGUUGCAGUUCGCGCAGGCAGCGGACGCGUCGGGGGAAGAAGGCGCAGGGGCAAGGGCGGGUGUGGGGGCAGCAGGGCUCGAUAGGGGCGGGGAGAAGUCAAGGGGAACGGGCGCAUGGCAGGUGCAGGCUCCGCAAGGGGGCGCGGGGAACAGGGUGGGCGGAACGGGCGGAGGGGGAAUGAAGGGGCGAGGAGGACAGCAAUGGCGGGAAGGCAAUGGCGGAAGAAACGGAUGGGUGCAAGGGGGCGGAGGCGGAAACGGAAGCGGGGAAGGGGGAGGGGGAGAACGCGGAGGCUCGUCGGCGCCUGCCCAAUCGGAAUACUCGUGGUUCUCGCGCAUUCUGCAGUGCAAGCGGCAGAGAAACUUCCAGGAGGCAGCGCGGGUGUACGAGCGCAUGCGGGCGGCGGGCGUGAGGCCGCAGCAGCAGACGCUGAGCCUGGCGAUGGAGGUGAUGGGCGAGCUGGGCAACGUGCAGGGCGCGGAACGCGCGCUAGAAGAAGCUGAAGCUGCAGGCACGCCUGUUGAUAUUGUGUGUUUCAACACGCUGCUGAACGUCUACGCCAAGGCGGGGCAGUCAAGCCGGGCGCAAGCAGUGUUCACGCGCAUGCAGGCAGCAGGGGUGACGCCCAACACGCGCUCACACACGGUGCUGCUCAAAGCCCUCUCCAAGGACGGCCGGGGCAAGGAGGCCGUUGCUGCCUUCCGAGCCAUGGAGCGUGGCGGCUGCCAUCUGGACGAGAUUGCCUACAACACGGUAAUCAACGCCUGUGGCAACGACCUCCCGGUCGACGAGACCCUCCGCCUGCUGCGCGCCAUGCGCCGCAGCGGCUACCGCCCCAACCUCGUCACACGCAACCUGGUCCUCUCGCUCCUGGUCAAGGCCGGCCGCACGGCCGACGCGAGUGAGCUCUUCGAGGAGGCGAGGGCAGCUGGCGAGGAGGACGCAUUCAUGUACUGCACCAUGGCCCAUGCGUUUGGGCGGAGGAGAGAGUUAGAGCGCAUGGAGGGCGUGCUGGGGGAUGCUGCUGCGAGACGGAUGGUGUCUCUGCCGCUGCUGAACGCGUGCAUGGAUGCGUAUGGGAAAGCAGGGCUGCUGGCGAAUAUGGAGACUUGUCUGGCACGGAUUCGCUCUUUCGACUUUGUGCCGAACCACACGAGUUUCAACAUUGUGAUCCAUGCCUAUGGCAUGGCGGGAAUGAUCCCCGAGAUGGAAGACGCACUAGCCCGCAUGCGCCGCAGCGGUCUCCGCCCCGACGUGUAUUCGUACAAUAUCCUCAUCGGCGCCUAUGGGGACGCGGGCAUGCCGUGGGCGUCGGUGAGCAUGGUGCAGCACAUGCAUGCCGAGGGGCUGCUGCCAGAUCAGGUCACCUACCAGAACCUCGUUGCGGCCUUCGAGCGCGCGGGGGACUUCCUGGAAGCUGCACGCUGGUCCCUCUGGAUGAAGCAGGCUGGAUUCUCCCCCUCUGGUGAGUCCUGUCCUCACUCUCUCAUUCCCUCUAUAGCUGGCAUGCCGUGGGCGUCGGUGAGCAUGGUGCAGCACAUGCAUGCUGAGGGCCUGAUGCCGGACCAAGUCACCUACCAGAACCUGGUCUCUGCGUUUGAGAGAGCUGGGGAUUUCCUGGAAGCUGCAAGAUGGUCGCUCUGGAUGAAGCAGGCUGGCUUUUCUCCCUCUGCUGCCCAACAGGUUCCCCUCCUUCCCUAA